AUGGCGGCCAUGGCGCCUUCCUCCGUGCUCGUGCUCCUCGGCGUCGUCCUCCUCGUCGCCGGCGGGAGGCUGUGCGAGUGCGCGGCGAGCGGCGGCGGAUUCAGCGUGGAGUUCAUCCACCGUGACUCACCCAGGUCGCCGUUCCAUGACCCGGCGUUCACCGCCCACGGCCGCGCGCUCGCGGCGGCGCGGCGGUCCGUGGCGCGCGCCGCCGCGAUCGCGGGCUCCGCCUCCUCCUCCGCCUCCGGCGGCGGCGCGGCGGACGACGUCGUGUCGAAGGUCGUGUCCCGGUCGUUCGAGUACCUCAUGACGGUCAACCUCGGCUCGCCGCCGCGCUCGAUGCUGGCCAUCGCCGACACGGGCAGCGACCUCGUGUGGGUGAAGUGCAAGAAGGGGAACAACGACACCUCAUCGGCGGCGGCGCCGACGACGCAGUUCGACCCGUCCCGGUCGUCGACGUACGGCCGCGUGAGCUGCCAAACCGACGCCUGCGAGGCGCUCGGCCGCGCCACCUGCGACGACGGGUCGAACUGCGCCUACCUCUACGCCUACGGCGACGGGUCGAACACCACCGGCGUCCUCUCCACCGAAACCUUCACCUUCGACGACGGCGGCUCGGGGAGGAGCCCCCGCCAGGUGCGCGUCGGCGGCGUCAAGUUCGGCUGCUCCACCGCGACGGCCGGCUCGUUCCCGGCCGACGGUCUGGUCGGCCUCGGCGGCGGCGCGGUCUCCCUCGUGACGCAGCUCGGCGGCGCGACGUCGCUCGGGCGGAGAUUCUCCUACUGCCUCGUCCCGCACUCCGUCAACGCCUCGUCGGCGCUCAACUUCGGCGCCCUCGCCGACGUCACCGAGCCCGGCGCGGCGAGCACGCCGCUCGUCGCCGGCGACGUGGACACGUACUACACCGUGGUCCUCGACUCCGUCAAGGUCGGGAACAAGACGGUGGCGUCGGCGGCGAGCUCCCGCAUCAUCGUGGACUCCGGCACGACGCUGACGUUCCUCGACCCGUCGCUGCUGGGGCCGAUCGUCGACGAGCUCUCCCGCCGGAUCACGCUGCCGCCGGUGCAGUCGCCGGACGGGCUGCUGCAGCUGUGCUACAACGUUGCCGGGCGGGAGGUGGAGGCCGGCGAGAGCAUCCCGGACUUGACGCUGGAGUUCGGCGGCGGCGCGGCGGUGGCGCUGAAGCCGGAGAACGCGUUCGUGGCGGUGCAGGAGGGGACGCUGUGCCUGGCAAUCGUGGCGACGACGGAGCAGCAGCCGGUGUCCAUCCUCGGGAACCUCGCGCAGCAGAACAUCCACGUCGGCUACGACCUCGACGCCGGCACGGUCACCUUCGCCGGCGCCGACUGCGCCGGCUCAUCCUAGCUCCUAGUGCUCGCCGGCGGGGCGGCGUCUUGUGUAAUUAGCUGCUCGUUAUUCCUAAUAAUGUACAUCUGGUAGUACGGUGAUCAAUGGCAACGUGGUACUCCAGUAUGGUACGGUGUGAUCAAAUUUCCAAUAUUUCAUACGCAGUUAAUUUGUUCCCGCAAUUUCCUAG